CAGCCACAAUGUGACAUUUUGUGGAUCUGCAAACUGAACUCUGCAGCGAACAUUUGGCCUUACGGUGAAAGAGAUUGCAGACAUGUCUCAUCUGAGCGGGAAAGUCCAGACGGUCCUGGGCCUGAUGGAUCCGGACCAACUAGGUCGCACCAUGACCCACGAGCACCUGACUAUGAACUUCGAGUACUGCUUUGUCCCCCCGGCUCCAGGACACGAGGACAAUUCGUCGGCACCGUUCCAACUGAAGAACAUGCACUGGCUCCAGCAGCACGCGUACAGCCACCGGGAGAACCUCCUGCUGUACCAGGAGCUCGAGGCAGUGCGAGAAGAACUGGUAUGCUUCAAGAAGGCUGGAGGAGGCACCAUUGUGGAGAACACGACGACGGGUAUAACUCGAGAUCUGCCCACUUUACGCCAGCUGGCCAAGGAUACAGGGGUCAACAUCAUAGCAGGGGCCGGCUACUACGUGGACGACACUCAUUCUGACGAGACGAGGAAGAUGACCGUGGAGGAGCUCACCGAUGUUAUCGUGACUGAGGUGUCGCACGGCGCAGAUGGUACAGAUAUCCGCUGUGGCGUGAUUGGAGAGAUCGGCACAAGCUGGCCAAUCGCAGAGAGUGAAAAGAAAGUACUGCGUGCCACCGCGCAUGCUCAGACACAGCUGGGAUGUCCCGUUAUCAUCCACCCGGGCCGGAACCCCGCCGCCCCCGGCGAGAUAGUCCAAAUCCUUCAGGAGGCUGGAGGAGACAUCUCUAAAACCGUGAUGUCUCAUCUGGACAGAACCAUAUUUGACCACGACGAGUUGCUGGAGUUUGCGAAAUUAGGAAGCUACCUUGAGUACGACCUCUUCGGCACAGAAAUGCUGGACUACCCCUUUAAUUUGGGCAUCGACAUGCCCAAUGACAGCCAGAGGGUUCAAACCCUGGCGUUUCUAAUUAAAGAGGGCUAUGAGGACAGGAUCGUCAUCGCUCAUGAUAUCCACACCAAGAACCGACUGACCAAGUACGGUGGCCACGGUUACUCCCACAUCCUGAACAAUAUUGUCCCCAAAAUGCUUUCCAGGGGCAUCAGCCAAAAGCAGGUGGACAAGAUACUGAUAGACAACCCCAAGCAGUGGCUAACCUUUAAAUAGAUUCAACUACAAUAUAAAUGUUAUGUGUGUGGGGAAUUCAGCUUCACCUUGGCUAUUCAGUUAUUGUCCAAUUAAGAUGAAUCAAAAACCGAUUUCAAAGGCUGUUGUUUUGUAUAAUUGACCAGUGAAAAUAGCUGGAUUUGAUUCAUUAUUAGCGCAAUUAAAGCAGGGUUUGGGGAACAUUGUUCUAUUCUCCAGACACGAAAAUGAAUAGGACAUCUUUUGAUUCCAGACAAAAUACCUUCUGCUAAUCAUUCUGCCUCAAUGGGAUAUCACGUCAAUGCAACGUCUGGACUGUGAUUGUGCCUUUUUUGCUUUUUUCAUCCAAUCCUAAUUAAAAUUGCAACCCAACAAUGCUGCUUGUAA